CGAACACAGCGCGUAUCAACAUGGAAUGCAGGGAAAAUCCCAGCAUCACCACGACCAGCGCCACCGCCGCUGCAGUGACAGCAGCAGCUUCUAACUCCUCACUCUCUCCUAUAUCAUCUCCGACUGGAUCUUUUUCAUCUUUUCCACCACGAGCUGUUUCAUUUAGUCCUUGUGCUGCAUGCAAAAUCCUCCGCAGGAGAUGUGUCGAUAAAUGUGUAUUGGCACCUUAUUUUCCGCCGUCGGAGCAGCUCAAAUUCACCAUUGCGCAGAGAGUUUUCGGCGCCAGCAACAUAAUCAAGUUGUUGCAGGAACUUCCUGAAGCUCAAAGAUCAGAUGCUGUAAAUAGUAUGGUUUACGAUGCCAAUGCCAGGCUUAGGGAUCCAGUUUACGGUUGUGCCGGCGCAAUUUUCCAACUUCAGAAGCAAAUCAUUGAGCUGCAAGCAGAAUUGGCAAAAUCACAGGCAGAAAUUUUAAACAUGCAAUAUCAAAAUGCCAAUUUGGUGGAAUUCAUCUGCCAAAAAAUGUUACAGAAUCAAGAAAACUCCCCUCAAUACCAGCAAGACGAGGAUUCACAAUUCUUUUUGGAUGAAAGCUUUUUGGGUUUGGAACCCCUCUAGACAUGAACAAUAUUUGAAGUGAGAUACUAAGAGGGUUGCUACAUCUAAUUUUUACAUAGUUGAUCCUAGUUGUCUACUAAGAAUGUAUUAUCCUAGUUAAUUUGCUCAUUUCUUGUAUUAUUACUUUUCCAAAGGAAAAGAAAAGUCUUGGAAAAGGAAAAUACAAGUUGGAAAGAUGUUCACUGAGUCACAAAGGAUUGGAACUACUUGUAAUGGAAACUUU